AUGGGCACAACCUCCGUCAGACGCAAUCUCUUCCAUCACAACCUCAGCAGACGUCCGGUCUCUGCUACGCCUGGGUCGAUGCCAAGCAGCAGAAGCAAUGGGGUUUCGGGUCCUCCCUCUCACAUGCUACAGUCCUCCUCCGAGUCAAUGGGCCCCUCUCUGACUUCUGGUUCCUUGGACAACGGAGAUAUCGUGGUCAGAGACAAAAACGGUGGCUACAAGCUUGACAUUCCUGUUCUUCCGCCUGCCAUUACCAGCGAAAAUGGUGACGGGAUGGAUGGUUUGGACGAGAGUGGAACUAGCGGGGGAGCAGGAACUACGGCUGUCGAUUCAGCUAGCCAAACUGACAUCAGUGGGCGAGAAAAAGAAAGUACGUUGGCAGGCUAG